AUGAUGGCUCGUGAGGCGCGAGCGUUGUCCGACCCCGUCGGGUGCCUUAAGAAGUUUGACGUCGUAGUGGAGGCGGGCGGAGCCACCGUUGUGCUGGCCGCGGAAGACAAGUCCGUUCUCGCGGACGAUAGCGCCGACUUCACCGCCGCAGUCCUCGAUUUCGCGUGCAUGUCGGAUAUCGAUGAGCCGCUGUGUAGCAUUAUCGUGUUUUUCAAGCCGAACGACUUGCAGAACGAGGGCAGCGAGGGCUGCGCGACUCGACUCAUCCAUAUUGACCCGGGCGUGGGACCCGACGGGCACGCCGCGAAGGUGGAGGAGAUUGUCGCGUAA